AUCUCUAGAAAACGUACAAGCCCUUUUGCUUUGGCGAAAUUUCAUAGCCGGUCGUCUCUUUUUAUCAGUUGCUGUAACUUUAGGCACCUUCGUCAAGAUGCUGCGAAUCGCUGUGUUGGUGCUUGUGGCAAGUGUUGCACAUUGCAUGACAAAUUUGGUGGAUGAUUUAGGGGCAAACCAGAAUACCACACAGCUAUCAAGCCUGAUAGCUCAAGCUGGUCUUGGUGACACUCUCAAAGGACAAGGUCCCUUCACCAUCCUCGCUCCAGUUGAUUCAGCGUUUGCAGCUAUCCCAAAAGAUGAUCUCAACAAGCUGCUCGCAGACAAAAACGAUCUGGCCAACACUCUCAAGUACCACGUCCUACAGGGGGAAAUCUUCAGCUGGGACAUAGUGACUGGCCGCUUAGUUCACAGUAUCACUGGCCACGCCAUCAGGGUGUACAAACAGGGCAAUGAUAUAUACUUCAACAAUGCUAAAGCUGUGGCGGUUGACCUUGAAUCUGCUAAUGGCGUCAUCUACCUCCUGGAUACUGUCCUGGAUGUCCCCGAGGGAACUAUCUACGAGAUCUUGGAGAAGCCCGAGUACAAACUGACCCAGUUCAAGAAGGCUGUAGACAGAGUCCGGUAUGACAGAAUGCUCAACUCAACCUAUAGCAGUGCCAACUACCGUCACACGCUGUUCGUUCCCAGUGAUGCGGCCUUUGCUAAACUGGAUCAGUCGCAGGUGUCUCGCAUCUUCUCGAACCUUAAUUUUGCCUCAGAAUUGGUCCGUUACCAUCUGCACCUGGGCACCCUCCAUCUGAAGAGUUUGGACCACAACGGCAGAAUAACAACCCUGUACACCGGCCACGACAUCGGUGUUGAUAUCAGCAACAACGACAUCCGUCUGAACCACGUGGCUCAUAUGACCGAGAGUGAUAUUGAAGCUGACAAUGGCGUCGUCCACAUCAUCGAUCACGUGCUGAUACCAAGUACCCUCAGCGGACAGAUCAUUGGCUAGAACCCCAGUUCUUUAUCAAAUAAAAUAGUGAAGCUGU